ACAGCUCUACCCGGAAGCGGUCUUGAACCCCAAUUACUUAAUAUUUCUUUGACCCACUCUCUCCUAUCAGCUGUUCGAGUGUCAAAAUGGGAUGUAAACAAACGCGAAUUCACCACAGCACCAGGCACCAGCUUUUUUGACCAUUGGAUCAGUAGGGGAUUUAUUUAUUUUUUGCAAAUGAAUAGCGCAUAAUAAUUUUUAUUGUUUAAUAAUUGUAAAAAAUGCCAAUGAUAGUAAUCUCCGGCUUCCCUGCCAGCGGCAAAACUACCCGCGCCAAACAGCUCUUGGAAUACUUUACUGACAAAGGGAAGAAGGUAAAUCUCAUCUCGGAGAAUGUUUCUAUAGCAAAUGCCGGUUUUCCGAAAAACGAAUACUUUGCGGAUUCUCAAAAAGAAAAACAAGUGCGUAGCGAUAUUAAAUCGGAGGCACUGCGGUUGCUUAAUAAAGAAGAUGUGGUCAUCGUGGACGCUGGCAAUUAUAUUAAAGGCUAUCGCUACGAGUUGUUUUGCGCCACCAAAGCGGCACGAAGUACGCAGUGUACACUUUUCUGUGGCAUACAGGAAGCGCGAGCAUGGGAGUUUAACCAACAGCGCACUGGUGCAGAUGUGUUGGAUGAUCGAGUGGACAAUUCGAACGUGCCAUAUACACGGGAAAUAUUCGAUGCUUUGUGUAUGCGUUACGAAGAACCGCAUGGCAACUGCCGUUGGGAUAGUCCAUUGUUUGUGGUGUUUCCCGAUGAUGCGCUUAAUUUAGAGACUAUCUAUGGCGCGCUGUACGAGUCGAAACCCCUGCCACCAAAUCAAAGCACACAAAAUCCACCACUAAGCGCUACAAAUUAUCUAUUCGAGCUGGAUAAGUUAACGCAACAAAUUAUAGCCGACGUCUUGGCUGCACGAAAAAUUGGUAACACCGGUCCAGUGCCGGUGAAAGGUAGUCAGGUGAAAGUAGAAGUUCCGGCGGCCGUAAAUGCUAUUCAAAUGAAUCGGCUACGAAGACAAUUUCUAAAUUAUAGUAAAUUGCAUCAUGCGACUACUAGCACAUUGGAUAAAGUGCCGCAAUUGUUUGUACAAUUUUUAAAUUCAAAUUGUAAUGAAUAGCUUAGCUUUUGUGAAAUGAAAUUUUAAAUAGUAUAAUUUGCAAUUUCAACACCGCUAACAAAA